CCCAGGGCACAGAGGCCGGGAUCUCACGCGCGACCGCACGAGGCCGGGACCCUCCCUCCCCUUCCCGUGCACUCCCUUCCCCUCCGCCUCCCGUCCUCUCCCGGUCUCCGCCAUCCCGCGUCUGGGCCCCCGCCCCCCAGCGGGGCAGCCAAUCGGAGCUGGGAUCCCGCCCCGGUCCGCAAAGCCAGUGGCGCCCGGAGGCUGCACGGAGAGCGGUGCCCGCGUAAGUGACCGAAGGAAGAGACCAAGAUGAAUACAGAGCCCGAGAGGAAGUUUGGCGUGGUGGUGGUUGGUGUUGGCAGAGCCGGCUCCGUGCGGAUGAGGGACUUGCGGAAUCCACACCCUUCCUCAGCAUUCCUGAACCUGAUUGGCUUUGUGUCCAGAAGGGAGCUUGGGAGCAUUGAUGGAGUCCAGCAGAUUUCUUUGGAGGAUGCUCUUUCCAGCCAAGAGGUGGAGGUUGCCUAUAUCUGCAGUGAGAGCUCCAGCCAUGAGGACUACAUCAGGCAGUUCCUUAAUGCUGGCAAGCACGUCCUUGUGGAAUACCCCAUGACACUGUCGUUGGCGGCUGCUCAGGAACUGUGGGAGCUGGCUGAGCAGAAAGGAAAAGUCUUGCACGAGGAGCAUGUUGAACUCUUGAUGGAGGAAUUUGCAUUCCUGAAAAAAGAAGUGGUGGGGAAAGACCUGCUGAAAGGGUCACUCCUCUUCACAGCUGGCCCGUUGGAAGAAGAGCGGUUUGGCUUCCCUGCAUUCAGUGGCAUCUCUCGCCUGACCUGGCUGGUCUCCCUCUUUGGGGAGCUUUCUCUUGUGUCUGCCACUUUGGAAGAGCGAAAGGAAGAUCAGUAUAUGAAAAUGACAGUGUGUCUGGAGACAGAGAAGAAAAGUCCACUGUCAUGGAUUGAAGAAAAAGGGCCUGGUUUAAAACGAAAUAGAUAUUUAAGCUUCCAUUUCAAGUCUGGGUCCCUGGAGAAUGUGCCAAAUGUAGGAGUGAAUAAGAACAUAUUUCUGAAAGAUCAAAAUAUAUUUGUCCAGAAACUCUUGGGCCAGUUCUCUGAGAAGGAACUGGCUGCUGAAAAGAAACGCAUCCUGCACUGCCUGGGGCUUGCAGAAGAAAUCCAGAAAUAUUGCUGUUCAAGGAAGUAAGAAGAGGAGGUGAUGCAGCACUUCCAAGAUGGCACCAGAGUUUGGUUCUUCUCAAGAGUUGACCAUUAUCUCUAUUCUUACAAUUAAACAUGUUGGGGAAACAAGAA